AUGCACGACGACCGCAUCGCUGAGCUCGAGAAGUGCAGUCCACCCUCGUCAAGACCAUCGAGUGCUACGGAGCCCAAGCCUCAAGUAUCUGGCCCACCAGCAGCACCUGAAGGAGGCACAAAAGCCUACCUAUCGCUACUCGGAGGCUCCCUAGGUCUUUUCAUCUCAUUUGGAUGGGUCAACUGUAUUUCCUUGUUCCAGGCUGAAUAUGAGAUCCAUCAGUUGAAGGCCUAUAGCAGCUCGGAGGUGUCCUGGAUCACUUCGUCCGAAUGUGAGAGCCUUCUUCCCCAACCGGCCGUGCAACAACAAGCUUAUUUCAAUCUAGUCUUCUUUAUGCUGUUUAUGUCACCGUUUUCUGGAUAUCUAUUCGACAACUUUGGACCACGAUUGCCGAUCUGUAUCGGUGGAUUGAUGCAUGUGUUUGGCCUCAUGAUGACCAGCUUGUCUAGCAAAUACUACCAAUUCUACUUGGCACAGUCAAUUUGCUCAGGAACCGGCACAUCGCUCAUUUUCACCCCGGCCAUGACUUCUCCUAUGACUUACUUUAGAAAGCGCCGCGCUUUGGCAGGAGGAUUGACCGUUGCAGGUUCGAGUUUGGGUGGUGUGAUAUUUCCCCUUAUGGUCAACAACCUUCUUUCGGAGGUCGGCUUUGCAUGGACGAUGCGAAUCUGUGCUUUCUUGAUCCUUGGGCUUUGGGCCAUUGCACUGCUCACUAUCUCCUCCAACUUGCCUCACACUCGCAAGGAGUUCAACCUUACGAACUACCUUCGGCCUUUUACGGAAUUCAACUUCUUGAUUUUGUUGGCGUUCUGCUUUUUUCUUUACUGUGGGCCGCCCAUCAUUAUGUUUCAUCGUUACAUAGCUAACCAGGGAUUAGGGGGAUUGUUUGUCCCAUUCGACUACCUUGUCCUGUCUGCUAUGCAUAACGGGAUGUCAAUGACUAUGGCCUACAACCUGAUUCCCAUCAUGAACGGAGCGAGCUUCUUUGGACGUACGAUUCCCAAUGGCCUUGCCGACAGAUAUGGUCGUUUCAAUGUGCUUAUCAUCAUGGUCCUUUUCACUGGUGUUAUCACUCUGGCCUUGUGGUUGCCAGGUCGCAGUAACGCAGCCAACAUUGUCUUUGCCGCUUUGUUUGGUAUCGGAUCUGGCACCACCAUUGGCUUGACACCGCCUCUUGUAAUGACUCUCUAUCCACCCCAGGAGAUUGGGUUUCGAAUUGGGUUGGCUCUUGCUAUUGCGGGCAUUGGUACCCUUACGAGCCCUCCGAUUGCUGGUGUAAUUGCAGGGACAGAUGGAGGCUCUUUCCGUUUUGCGGCCUUAUUCAGUGGCAUGAACUUCAUGGUCGCAACACUUUUUUUGAUAUGGCUGAGGGGAAGAGUUUCUGGUUGGCAUCUCUUCGUAAAAGCUUGA